GUGUCGCAUAUAAUAAGUAAUGACAUUUUAUGACAUUACAAGUUACCUUUUGGUCAAGUGGAUAAUCUGACAUUUAGUUACCUAGUGACGCUAGCUCCAACACGAGAUUAGAUGAUUGGGAGAGGAAGAUGAGGGAAUACAAUUUGUCACUGGAGCUGAAAAGACCAAUAUUCUUGGCAGCAAGCUGAAGGUCUUCACUCCCACAAUCUCAAUCAGCGUAACUUUUUCAUCCAGCUUGUUGGUCGGACCAGUGUAAGAUUUGUCAACUUCAGGUGCGUGUUCAUAAUAAAAGGAAACCCCAUGAACCAUGGGACGCGCCUUGUUAUCCUUCUCAGUUCGGCUCGGGCUGCUUCUCACGACUUCGGCCUCUAAACUCCUUUUCCAGCCCUUUCCCACGCAGGCCGGAGAUGGCGCAUUUGCAGCCUUACAGCCUAUGCCUACCACGGCCCCGGAAUAUUACGCGUCAACCGAACUGCUAAGGCGCGACGAAUACCACAUGGGUCAUGAUACAUGCGGAUUUGGUGCUCUCGACUCUGGUAUUACUUAUACUUGUUACUCAAGUGUCGGAACAUGCGAAAAUAUCGGCGACUACAGGGGGUGUUGUACGGGAGGGUUGAAGACAUGUUCGUCGAGUUUUUGGACUAAGUGUGACGAUUAUGAUCCGACGAGUUUCUGCGGCACGAGUUCAAAGACGCGUUGCUGUCAAUCGGCUCUACCAUACUGCAUCACCUGGCUAUUCUCUACGAGUGAUUCAACCGUUACAGCAUGGGACUGUGAUACGCAAAGCAAAACUCGAGUUUUUGAGCUACUAGCCACCCCCUUAAGCCUAAUUAGUAGUACGGCAUCGUCGACUACGAACGAUUUAAGGACCACGUCUUCAACGCACGAGUCUACUAAUUCACAUGCCGUAGCAACAAGUAGUUCAACCGUUUCAUCCUCAGCAUCGAUAGAUAUUACUUCCGUGCCAUCGAGUAAUAGUUCCGGGACCCCUAUCGGAGCUAUUGUUGGCGGCGUUGUGGGUGGCGUUACUGUUAUUGGAUUGACUAUUGUAGGUAUCUUCUUCAUCAAGAAGUACCAAAAGGGCGCUCAUAUAACUGCAUCACCGCCGCCAAUGCUUUCUGGACCUCGGGAACUUCCCGGCUCUAAAAUGUCUUCUCCCUAUCCGACUCCUUCCUAUGGGAACUACGCUCCCAUCUUGCAACACGGUGCUUCGGUACAGCCCGAGUAUCAAGCUCCGGUAGCGCAAGCAACGCAAGUUGUCGAGGCACCGUAUACCCCCGCCACCGGGACAGGGUACAAUCGAGCCGAGUUGGGAUAAUUGUGUAAGGACUAUGCUUUGUAAGACUUAUAUUAUCUAGGUACAUGUGAUAUUAUACGCAUAGGAGUAUGCUAUUUAUAAUGAUAUGCGGUUAACAGGAGCCGUUAUGAUGUAGAAAAGUGUAAUACGGGCGAAAGUAUAACUACCUAGGUACCUGAGACAGGCUCGCUUUUUAGAGACUGUUUAGCGGGACUCUUUAUAAUGAUAUAAAAUGCACACUCUGCAUUUUAUAUCAUUAUCUUCCCCGCCUCUGUUCACUAGAUAUAGGGGUAAUUUAGACGGUCAUCCCAUUCACAACAAUUACCUAUAUAUAAAUAUGAAGGGGCUUAAUAUUGGCAUUCGGUAUGAACGGGGGUAUGGGUACCCAGGGAACUAUCAUUUGUUUCAGUUACUGCAUAUUAGCAAAUCUCCUUUUCAUAGAGCUUUGGGAUUCCCCAAUAGCGGAAAGAAGAGCAGUAUAAUACAAAGGAGGCAAUGGAAGGUCAAGGCUAUCGAGUUUAUGCGAUAUACCCAAAUUAUAGGCCUGAGUUUUAUCUAGUGUCUACCUAUCUAUUUAUCAUUUAGAUGAAGCAUCAACUAAAAUUACGUACCUUAGCGUAACUUCGAACUGAACAUCCUCACAGUCUGCUUGCCUGAUAGAAAUGUAUACCUAGCAAAGGUAUUC